AUGGAGGGCAGUAAAUUACUUGUUGCCUUUCUACUGUCAUUACCACUGAGUACUGACGCUUUGUUCGGCGCUAAACACUUCAAUCGAGAUGACAAACGAGGAAAACGUGCAUAUUUUGUCAGAGAUCCUGCAAAGCGACUAAAUUCUUCUAUUCUUGAUAGUUUUAUGGUUUCCGAGCCUAUGGGGUGUGUUUUUCGAUGUAUUGGUCACCAAGAAUGUUAUUCGGUAAAUUUUGCUGCGGUUUCACAUGACGGAAGGCAUAUGUGUGAGCUGUUGAACACGGAAAAGUUUCAAAACUCCAGAAAUUUUCUUCAUACUAUCAGCUUUGACCAUUAUAAUAAGAAGAGCCCCUGCAGGAGCAAUCCCUGUCUAGAUGGAGCCCUAUUCUGUCGACCAAUUUACCAGCAAGACGAUUAUCAGUGUGUCUGCAAACCAGGUUUUACUGGACACUACUGUGAAACGGUUCAUGUUUUGGACAUUCAUAUUCGAAGCGAAGGUAACGACGAUCCGGGAAAAGCAUACCGUCGCAGCAAAGCCUACAUUAAGGUGGAUGGGAUAGAUUAUUCUCUUCAAAAACGAGGAUUUAACGUUGUUGUUGUGGAUGGUGAAACAGGUGUCUUCCUCGAGGCAAGAUCAUUUGAUACUUUUGCAGAUAGCUCGAGCGGCAAUCAUUUGAGAGACUUCCUCAACAACCUGAGUGGCAAUAAAAUCGUUUUGGUUGCUACUCAAGAUUCAGCCUCCAAGUACAUGUCACCUGCGAUUGACGCUCUCAAGAGGCUGGGUGCUACCGAUCCUCUUCAGGUAAACUACCGAGAUUCCUUUGCUUUCGCUGGAUACGCAGGAGUAAACAAACCACAAUGGAUUACACAAGAAAGAGCAGAUAGAUACCUAGGACCCAGUGAGAUAUUUCCGCAAAUACCGCUGCCAAUUAAUCAAUAGAUCGGAACUACUCUUAGAUGAGCAAGCAAACAUGACGAUUCAAGACUGUACGAAUACUGUCAUCCUCUCAAAAAAAUCUGUGAUAUUUUGGGUACCAUAGCAAAUUUGCACUAACAGUUGCCAUUCUAGCGACCUGCGUUUAGAUGUAAUGAAGCAUUUAAGGGUACAGGAGACAGUCGAGGUCCCUUUUC